UCUCAUUUAUCCCUGCUUUCCCGCCCAGCUAACACCCGAUUUUGUGGCGCGCUCCUCACUGCUGAGCAACCAUGAGCACUCAGAGCUCCCAGGAUUAUUCCGUCAGCGUGGAGGCCGCAGUCAAGGGCCUGGUGAACCUGCAUCUACGCGCAUCCUGCUCCUACCUGUCCCUGGGCUUCUACUUCGAAGGCCUAAAUACGGCGUUGGGAGGCCUGGGCUGCUUCUUCCGUGAGUUAGCUGAGGAGAAGUGCAAGGACUCCGAGCUCCUCCUGCAGAUGCAAAAGCUGUGGGGUGCCCGCCACCUCUUCCAGAACCAGCGCAGCCUGACCCAAGGUGAGUGGAGUGGCAGCGUGGAUGCCAUGGAAGCCGCCCUGGCCCUGGAGAAGAACCUGAACCAGGCCCUUUUAGAUCUGCACGCCCUGGGUUCUGCCCACGCAGACAUCCCCCUCUGUGCCUUCCUGGAGCGCCACUUUCUGGAGAAGGAGCUUGAUCUCCUCAAGAAGUUGGGCCACCACCUCACCAACCUCCGCAGGCUGGCCAGCCCCCAGGCUGAUGUGGGCAACUAUCUCUUCGAAAAGCUCACCCAAAAGCGCAAGUAGGCGCCUCCAACGACCUUUGAGGGAUCUCUCUGCAGUCUCCAGGCCUCUGAAUUUCUGUCUGAGCCUCUGUUUCCAGCCGCGAGGCAUCGGCUAGUGCGCGGUACUUACGCAGCAAAGCGCUUUACUACCCUGCAGGCCGCCUCCACGCCGUCGGACCGGACCAAAUGGAAACAAACACAGUUCUUUUUGCAGAGGGGGAGGAAAGCUAGGCGGAGAGGAAUAUAAGAAGCAUGCAGACUAGCACGGAAGAUUUCUAGUCGGCUUGAUUCUCUUAAGUUUUUUUCUGAAGAAAUUGUUUUUCCAACUUGUGGACAUUGAGGAUCUGAUAAACUUUUCUCUGUCAUGUUAGAAAAUUGUCAACGAUUGUAGGGGUUUAAGUUCUCGAAAUAAUUCCUGUGAAACCAUUCUGGCUACUGGAUUAGACUGUAUUGUUCUAAAAUUCACCAUGGCUUUUGUCUAGCAGAGUGGAAAAUUGAGUGAGUACCUUGAGCUUAUCAUAUUGUCACCCCCCUCCACCCCCAAAUUCGUGAAAAAAUUGUUUUUUCUGAUUUUUGACUUGGUGCGAUUUCAUCAGUGUCUAUUGAAUAGCAAAAAAAAAAAAAAAAAAAAAAAACUCUGAAAUUCAUCUUUGUGUCUCCCAUUAGGUUGCUGUAUCUUACACUGACCUCUGAAACCUCUGGAGAAAUUUCUUUCUGGUCUUAGUGUUAAGAAUAACAGUGCUUCACCUGGGUUAUUGGUUUGUUUUGUUUUAUGGAUGCUGUAACCGAUGUAACUAAUGACAUUUCCUUUUCUGAUGGCCUGCUAGAAAGCUUAAAGCCAAGUGUAUAAUCCACCCAGAGUAAAUUAGUUGGAUUGUAUAACCAUUUUUUGAUUAAGUUCCCCUGGUUCUUCUCUAACCAAUUUCUUCAUGUAUUUUAUGGAUCCUUUUAAACCACCUUAAACUCU